AUGAUAAUACUGCAGCGUUAUGGCAUUUGCUGUCAAAAGCUGAGUGCUGAAACGGUUAAACAGCCAGCGGUUAGUAGCGAGAAUCCCUCCCGGUGUCCCGUGGAGGGUAAAAUCCUCCCGACAGACUGGCCCAGGGAAUCCCGGCUCGCGACGCUUCCCUGCCCCCGCGCAAAGUUGUCCAAAGUCGCCUUCCCAAAGGUCCCUUCCCUGGCCGGGGCGCGGGCGCCCCUCCGCGGGCCACACUACCUGUGCGCCCAGAGCGAGCAGGGUCCUGGGCCUCCCACACCGACCUCUGCCCGGAGCCGAAAGUGCUGCCCGGGACGGACGGGAGCAGCAGGAAAGGGCCGGGAGGAGCGAGCGGAAAAGGCUGGAAGGGAUCGAGACGCCAUGGAAACCACUGGAUCCCGUCCAUCUCCAAAACUAAGGGCUUUCCUGCAAACUUCACACUCAGGAAUCCAUGACGUCGCCUCCUCCGCGGCCAGCCAGCUCCGUGGCUCCUUCGGCCGCCAGCACAAGUCCCUGAUUGUUCGCGAGAAAAGUCUGGGAGAGGGAGCGAAGCGGGCGACGGCGAAAAGAAGGGGGUGGGGGCCUGCGAGUGUCCAAGUCGGCCCUGCAGGAGCUCCAGGCGGCUGUUUGCAAGGAGUGCCCCAGCCACCGCCUUCCCUGGCCCGCGGCAGCUUUUCAUAAAUCAUGCCCAAGACUCCCAAGCCCCCCAGUUGCCAAGCGGGCGCCUCUCGGAGAAAGCGGCCCAGGGUUCAAACCAACACCCCAGGUUGUCCAAGCUCCUGGACGUUCGCCCAGGGGGCCCUUCCCAGUCCCUCACUGCUUCUGGCUGCCCAAAUUUUUGUGUGUUCAGGGAUGGUGGGGAGGAGGAAGAGGAGAAGGAGGAGGAAGGAAAAGAAAUAAAUAACGGUGCCUUGUGUCAACUCUCCAACUUUGAGAAUUUUUUUUCAAAGAGUUUAUUUUUAGAUUCAUUUAGAAAAUCCAAGGUUUCCAGUGAUGCUCAGAGGCUCCAGAAAUAAUGA